AUCUAUUUCAAUCUCCUUUCCUUUCUACUCUUUUCACUGUAUUUUCUACUGUAUAUAUCUUCAUACAUUUCCUCUAAAGUGACCUGGAAAACAUUUGAGAGCCGCUGUCACACACAAUACACACUAACCCUUUUGCAUUUCAAACAAAAGAAAAACCCACAUAAAAAAGAUUCACAAAUUCUAAUCCGUCUUCCAAAGAUCCAUAUGUAGGGUUCUUUACAAACCCCCUUUUCAACUCAUGGCUUUUUGAUCUUUGUCUGCUACUCUAGCUAUGGCGGAUGUUGACGAUAUCAUGGUUGUUUCGGGAAAUGGGACUACUCAUGACGCAGAUCAUGACUACGAAGACGAUAAUGAAAUCAUAGCAAGGAUUCCCAAUUAUGAUUCCGAAGUCAAAGAAGGAAAGGGGAAUUCCAUGGAUUCCUUCACUGAAGAAAUCGAAGAAAGCAACGAUCUUGAUGCUCUUAAGGAACUUCAAUUGAAAGAUAGUGAUGUAUCAAGUCAACCCAAAUGUCAAAACACUACAGAUGACAAUUUAGGCCUUAAAAUUGAUACAAAAAAGAAAAUAGAAGCAAAGAAAACUUCUUCAGUGAAACAAUUUGAAAAAAAGAGUGGCAAUUCAAAACCUGCAAUAUCUCAAGUUAAGGCCCAUCUUUCUAAGCAACAUGGAAAAUCUGAUUCAACAACAUCUACUGCAAACAUUGUGCAAUCUGAAGGUGUCAAGGACAAGGUCAAAGUGAAGUCAAUGAAAACAGUUCAAGGAAGUUCAACCGAAGCAAGAACACAUUCUUCUGAAAGCUCAACAACAGGAGAUGAAAAGCCACAAAGACUUGGCACACUUCCAGCUUAUAGUUUUAGUUUUAGGUGUAAUGAAAGAGCUGAAAAACGUAAAGAGUUUUAUUCUAAGCUGGAGGAAAAGAUCCAUGCAAAAGAAGAAGAAAAGAAUUCUCUUCAAGCAAAAACAAAGGAACAUCAAGAAGCUGAGAUUAAAAUGUUACGAAAGAGUCUUAUGUUUAAAGCUACACCAAUGCCAAGUUUUUACCAUGAAACUCCUCCUAAGACAGAGUUAAAGAAGAUUCCAACAACACGUCCGAAAUCUCCAAAACUUGGAAGGAAAAAGGAGUCCCCCACAGGAGAAGAGAAUGGUGGCAAUAUUUUUCGACCUCGAUUAAGUUUGGAUGCAAGAAAAUCUUUAAUUUCCAAAACUGCCCCUAAAGGUGUAGUAACAUCUUCUGUUGUCGCAAAGAAACCAACAAGGAAAUCUCUUCCUAAGCUACCUUCUGAAAAGACCAAAGUGCCCUCCGACUCCAAAGAGAGAAAAGAAGCCCCUUCCUGUGAAAUUACAAUAUCGUCCGAACUUGAAAGUCAACCAAAUAAAGAUUCAUCAUCUCAUGUUGAGGAGGAAAAAGCCGAGGUAUUGGCCAAUUGAAAUGAUGAGAAAUGUGUUGUAUUUCAAAAUUCCAUUUUCGCCCUCGGGAGUAUAUAAUCGGAUGCAUCAAUUGAAAACUGGAGGUGGGAAGAUUUUAUUUUCUUGUUUAAAAUCUUUAGUCAGUUGGGGUGACCUGCCUGCGAAGGGUAAGUUGGGUAAGUGUUUUUGUGAGAAUGGUGAUGUGACCAUUUUGCCCUUAUUUGAGCAUUGGAUGUUUAGUUUUCUCCUUUGGACAAUUGAUUCCUGAAUGUGGUUUAGUUUAUUACUAAUUAUUAUUAUGAAGAAACUGUUUCAGAACUUAA